UCUACCAUUCUGCAGUGCCUGGUACACACCCUGAUUUUUUUCCUGAAUCCUGCUGACAUCAUCUAGCAUGACACAGCUAAGUACAGUAGAGUGCACUGUCAGAAGGGAUGCUGGUGCAGUGCACUUUCAGUCCCAAGCACACACACAAAUACACACGCAGGAUACAGCACACGUUUGCUCUCUCUCUCUCUCUCUCUCUCUCUCUCUCUCUCUCUCUUUCUCUCUCCCCCUUCCUUGCUACCCCCCUCCCCCAGCUCAACAGCAUUGGUGAGACGAGGUGGAGAGAUAUCAAACGACACAAGCUGGCUGCUCUACCUAAACAAAUCCACAGCAUUAAUCCCGAGAUCCAGAUCGACAAUGCCUGGGGAUGCAGUGAAGGAUGCAGCAAAUCUACAUCAAGAGUUCCAACCCAAGCAAAGAAGCCCAGAUGUUUCUCCUGAUGUUUCCUGUGGCUCCACCCAUGGCAUCAUCACCCCUAAAGACCUAACUUCACCUCAAGACUCCCCGACAACGGACUCAUCAUACCUGAUGCAGCUUGCUGACGACUCAAAGUGGUCUACGGGAAUGGAACAAAGUGGGCUCCUGACUGCCAGCUCUGCUUCGGAUUGUGCUGCUGAAAGCCUGCCUGCUGAGUGCCCAGCUGAUGAAGGUGCCCGACCUCAGCCUGAAGGAGCGAGUUGUGAUACAGACACUGAUAGCUCAUAUCCCGAAUCAUCUACAGCCACAUCUUGCAUCAAGGGGAGCUCUUCGGAAAAUGAAGGCCAAGGAACCAAGCACAAACCGGAUGCGGCUCGAGAAAUGGUAGACAUGUUUGGACUAAGCACUGCUAACGGCGCACAGCUCAUCAUUGCAGACAUUGGCUCAGGGAUAUCAAAAAAGGAAGCUCUAGACGUUAACAGCCACCUACUGGAUGGUCCAUCAGCCACUGCUGACUCCCUCACUUCCACCACACGAGCCAGCUUGGAAGCCAGUGCAGGCUUGUCUUCGGGAGUGUCAGAGGUGGACAGCAUUUCAGAGACUGACACAAUAUCCAGGGAAGAACCAGACGGAGACAUACAACUGACAGAUACCAAAGCAGACAGGGAGGCAGAGAUGGCCACUUUGGAGGUGGAGGAAGAUCACGAUCUACCCAACAUACAAACAGACACAUCAGUUCCAUUGUCUUUCAUUGGCAAAGGCACAGAAUGUGCAGAAAUGGACCAAGGUGUACUGAAAGCAGGCAAUAAUGGAAACGUUCUUGCCGAUGAUGCACUCUGUCUUGUCAACUCCCCUCCCAGUGGCAUGAGUGGUAGUACUGAGUAUUCACCAACACCAGAACUUCAGGACAUUUCAAGCACUGGAAGUGAUGAGCCUGUGGUUAUGGAUCCUCUCCACAUACUGACUGUGCAAUCAAGGGCUGAAAAUGUAAAGACUGAAUCUUCACAAACUCAGGAUCAAGUUACAACCAUUGGACACACUGAUAUGCCUUUGUGUUAUUUGGAACCCACCAAAGAAUUGCCUGUGUAUUCCAGUGCUGUGGACCAUAUGUGUGCCACAGAUCCAGAUCUUUUCUUCACUGCGCCAUCCACUCCAGUAAAGAUGGCAAGUGGUGCGCAGAAAUUCUUUUCAUAUUUGACAACUGGGUUACACGAGGAGCCUGUUGAAGCCCUGGAGAGUGAAGGCAGUGAGGGCAUCUGUUCUCCACCAACCUCUCCCUCGGGAUCAUACAGAACAGCAGAAGGAGGUAGCUGGACAUCAUCAGGGACCCCAAACACAUCUUUGUCUUGCUCCCCAAACCUACUAACAGAAGUUGAAACAAUGGAAGUAUCUGCUUGCUAUGUAGAAUCAUUGUCUGCUUUUGCAGAGGAGCUCAAUGAGGAGCAGUCCGAUGAAGGGCUGCCUCUUGCUAAUGCUCCUUAUAACAUCGUUGAUGAGGAAAUUUGGACCUCCACAGAGGAGUUAACUGAAAGGUGCCUUACUGAAACACAAGAUGACCUUGCUCCUUUAGCAUUUGAUAAUGAAAAUCUUGAAACUAGUGAAGAUGAUGAUGGUGAUGAUGAUGAUGGUGAUGAUGAUGAUGGUAAUGAUGAUGGUGGUGAUGACGGUGGUGAUGAUGGUGGUGAUGAAGAUGAUGGUGAAGAUGAUGAAGAUGAUGGUGAAGAUGAUGAUGGUGAAGAUGAUGAUGAUGAAGAUGAUGAUGAUGAUGAAGAUGAUGAAGAUAAUGGACAAGAAAAUAUAUCUCUUAAAGAUCAGGACAUUUCCAGUAAAGGUCCUGGAUUAAUUGAGACUAAUAAUAUGAAUCAACAAUCAGAUGUGACAAACUGUGAUGUUGGUACAGAAUUAGGGGACUCACCAACAAUAACACAGAAUAUUACAACUGAGGAAAAGAACUGUACAAUCACUUCCGAUGGAAAACUGGAAGAUCCAAUAUCCAUUCCUCAGGAAGAAGACAAAUCAGAGUCAAAAUACAAGGGGGAGUUUGAUGAUGGUGAAUACAAUUGUAAAAAUAUUGCAACAGUACCUAGUAAUGAAGACGAACCAAUAGGAAUGGGUACACCCGAAAUAGACGCUAAUGUUGAUGAGGUUUCUUGGCAGCUUGAGUCUAAUCCUAUUCAAGAUCAAACUGAGGAAGAAAGCACAAAACCAGUAGGAUUACCUGACAACUUUUCUUGUCAGAAAUCAAAAGACAGUAAACUAAUUUCUGAAUUGGAAUGUGCAUCAGUGGAACAAAUGGGUGUAAAUCAUGGGUCAACUGACAUAGGUGAUAGCACAACUUACUCAGCACAUAACUACUUGCUCACAUCUAAGACAGCAAUGGACCAAUAUGCUUAUAGGAAACAUUACAAUGAUUGCACUACUAAUGCUCCUCUUGCUUCCUCUGAGGAACUUGCUGAAGAUUGCAAUGACUCAUUUAAUGAAGAAAGGAGCAAAAAAACAGCGAAAGAACCCGAUAUAAAAUUUGAAACUUUACUCUCCGGCCAACUCGAUUUACCAUUAGAUGAAUCAGUCAAGGAAAUUUCUAAGACUUUUAUCAGUUCUGUAUAUGACAGUUUUCUCGAAGUUGAAGAUGAGCUUGAAAGAUCCAUUCCAUUAGCUUCAGCACUUGGCAUUCCAGGGGGCCAACCAUCCACUCAAGUUGCUAGUCCCUCUGAAAUGACAGACAUAGAAAGUGGUCCUGAAGUCGAGACUGGGGUGAUGCUCCAAUCUCCAUAUGAAGCCAUUGGUGCAGGACUUGAUAACGAGAGAAUGGUGCCUUUGUCAUCACUAUCAUUUCGAGGCAGUAUUAUUUUCGAGGCAGAGUCUAUUGAAAUUACAUCAUUGUCUGCAGUAGCCCCAACAGAACAGGUAAAAGUUCAGGAUGAUGGUGAUGUUCUUCCCUGUGAUGAAGCUAAUGAUGGUGGUGAUGUUACUGAAGGCGAUCAUGCUGUUGAUGUUAACUGUGAUGUUGGAGAUGAAGAUGAAGACAGCUCAGUGUCAUGCCUUUACUCACUUUCUGAGAACUCUAUCACUGCAGGAGUUGACGAAUCCUUCGCAUUUCAAGACACCACGUCAGAAUCAUCGGCUUCUGCAUCUCUUGAAGGAGAGGAUGAAAGAAUCACUGCAGAGCACUAUGACCUACCCUCAGGAGCUAAUGAAGAAUGUACUGAAAGACCAAAAGAUGAAUCUGUUGAUUCAGGCAGUGACAGUGAGGUAGAGAUGUCCUCGGCAACUUCGACAUCAGACUCUGAAGCAUGUGGGCCCUACUGCACUACAAGUAUGGCAUUGCGUGACAUGGCAUCAGUACUGCAGACUGGGAAUUUUGGCAAAGCUGAAGAACCGCCUAGUUCUGGAAUGGAAGUGCAAAAGAAUUGCAGAAAGGAACCCAAGGGCAUAGACACUAAUAGCAAGGAUGAAGCCCAAUCGGUACUUGUUGCUGAAGUAACCAAUCUACAAGCUCCAACGUGUGACACAGCUUCUCCAUUACAGACACACACCUUACACACAGAUGCACUGUCAGAAGGCAGCUCAUUGCCUUUUCCCAAUGUGCCAGAUGAGUCUCAGCAAAUACCAUUGGUUGAGUCUAUAAAAACAAACUCAGAGAACCUUUCAGAGAUGGUAGUGAAGGGUGAUGAGAAUGAGAUACAUUCAACUGAUUCGGACAGUGAAGAUCUGUCAUUUGACUCUCCAGCCUUUGGGGAAAUGACUCAUGAACUGGCAUCCUGUGAAAGGCAAUCAUCAGAGCUGGAAUCUCUCCCCACCUUCGAACAGACCCAAUCAGAUAGCUGUGGUGGGACACUAACCAUGUUUCAGGAUAUAAAGGAGCAUUCACCCACAGAAUCAAAUUCAACAAGUCUCUCUUCUCAUUUGGAAAAGGACUUGAAUAAAGACGAUCUUGACAUUGAAUUAGCUUCUGAUUUACCUGAAGGUAUGAAUAAAUUUGACGAUUACCACAAUGACAUGAUCAGUACACUGUCUGGAGAUGAUGAGAACAAAGGGCCCAAUUCUGAGAUGUCCUUGAAUGUGCCUGUUGACCUGGCCAGUGAUGUUGAUAUACCAAACAUCAGCUCGAGUGAAUCAAAUUCUGAAAAUAACAAUUCUGUGUUCACCAUACAGAAACCAUGUGAAGGUGGUCAAUAUUCCAUUGGGAAAACCAUAGAUUCCACAAAUAUCAAUAAUAUCAGUGAGGAUUUAGAGUCAGUCUGUAAGAAAAUUGACAAUCAGUCUACUAGUUUUGAAGAAACUGAAAACUCUCCCUGUGUCAGUCCUUUCCCAUUAGAUUCAGCCAUUUUAAACACACCGGAACCCUCCUCUCCUGAUGAAUCACAAAUUUUAGAUAUCCACGGAGACGAUCUCAGACCAAAGUCUUCUUGUUCUAUACUAGCUUCCUCAGAGGACAGUGUUGUCGAGGAACGUGAUGUCCCUCUUUAUGCUGAAGAGUUCCUGCAAAUGUUACCUAAAAAUAAACCAGCAAUGGGAUCUGAAAACAUUAUUGCAUUGGGCUUCAGAGACAUAACGCUGCCUCCUCAUGGAACCACCACUGAGAACACGGAUGACAGUAGACCAAUUGAGAAAGUAUCUCAUUCCUUGCCCAGUACAUGCCAAUCUGAAACAAGGUCUGGCCUCAAUAAUCUUUCUGAUUUAACAAAUACUGGAAAAGCAGUUGGAGCACCAACAAAAAACCUUGGAGAAAAUAAUCUGGAGGAACAACAUAAUGAGACUUUCAACAUUGCACCGACAGAAAUGAUGAACAUAGCUCCUGGGGACGCUUCAGUGAAUGGGGAUUCGGCAUAUGAGGAACGUCAAGAUUUUACAAGCAAUCCAAUAUCUCAAUCAUUAAAAGAAUUAUCUUCAUCAGAAACAGAAGAUUAUGACAUGACCAGUGAACCAGAACUUCCUGAAUCCAUUCCCCCAGCUAAGGACACCAAAUCUACUGAUGAGAUCAAUAAACCUAUUGGUGACACCAGUACUUCACCAGAUGUGAGUGCUCAACAGGAUAAGACCUCAUUAGAUUCAUCUCAGUUGCUAUCCACCAAGAUGGAGUCUAGUUACUCAGAAUCAUUGCUGGAUAAACCAGAUCAAAAACCUGAAGAUCAACAGGUUGAAAAUGGAACAGGAAACAAAGUUUAUACUAUUGCCAGUCAAGAAGAUUUUGAUGCUGAACGAAAAGUUGACAUUGAUCAACCUAAUUUAUCAGAUCCUGAGUUAAGUUCAAACUCCAUAGUAAGAAAUGAUUUAGUGAUGUGUUCUGUCUCCUUACCACAAGAAUGCUUCAAUCCUGUAAGGUUUCCUAAUGUUCAGACUACAAGUGCUGUUAGCCAAUUAAAGGUCUUGAGUUCCAGUUUAGAAGUUGGCACUGAUCCAAAAACCAGCUCGGAAGAGUAUGAUAAUCAGAUCAAACUUCCCACUACACCUCUUGAAGAUAUUGGCAGGCAAGUGGGACCCGCCGAUAUUCUGCAAAACAAUGAUGUUGAUAAAGCAGAAGACUUGGAUAUUAUACAUGAAGAGAGUAAUGAUCAAACAGAGCCCUUAGAAAGCUUACCAGACAAUACCAAUCAAGUGGAUAUUACAGACUUAUCAUUAGAGAAUACUGCCAAUACCUUUUUGAACCAGAUGAUAAAAGAUGAUACUUGUCAAAUAGAGCUUUCUAGCAGUAAAUCAGAACCUUAUUCUGUUGAGUCACAGACCACAGAGACAACAUUUAGAGAUGGAGAUGGGAAACUUGAGGCUCCAGGUGCAUUCCCAGAAGAUCAUACUAUUAUGUCAGAGAUCCAGAGGACAGAGGUUGGGGAUUUUGUUGGACAGUUGGAAGUAACCAGUAUCCAUUCAAGAGAUGGUGCUUGUAAAUUGGAAAGUGCAGACGGAGUGAUAGAUAAUAUUAAUCAAGUCGACGUUUCUCACUUCCCCUCAGAAGAUAAUGCCAGUAGAUCCACAGCUGUAGAUUUGGCAGCUGUUUGUAUGGCUGGUCAUCUGGAAACGUCCAAUGCUGUAUCAGAAGAUAUUUCUUUUCAACCAAAGACCAUUAAUGGAAUGGAAAAAGAUACUUCAGAAAAUGUUGAUGCAGGCAACUUAGACAUUUCUGGUGUCGUUACAGAAUGUACAGAUCCUACAAUAGACAAGCUGCAAGGGGAUUCUGUUGGUCAACUGGAACUAUCUAACAGCAGCCCAAGGGAGGAUACCGACCAAUUAGGAAACAUAAAAACAAUAUUGGAUAAUAGUGGAAAUGAAGUAGAAUUCUCUGAAACUUUACCAGAUGAGUUUGCAUGUAAAUCAGAUGUUGCCAACAUGUCAAUCAGAGAUAGCAGUGAGCAAGUCUCAAGCAUCUGCUCAGGAAGUGUCAUUGACAAGGUAGAGGUUUCUGGCACAAGAACGGAUGACAACUCUAUUGAAGUCAGUUUAUCAGAAGUUAAUGACCACAAAGAAAUAAUCAAAGACAUUGAUGGACCAGUGAAACUCAGCAACACAUUGCCAGUAGAGGAUGCUGAUUGGCUUGAAGGUAUGGGCACUCUUCCAGUGGAAGAGGAGAAUCAAGAAAAGGUUGGUGAUGUCCAUGUGAUAGGAAGUGACACCAGCCAGUUUGAAGAUAUGGAGACUCUGCCAAUAGUGGAAGUUAAGCAAGUAAAACCCAGUCACAUUCAAUCAGAAGAUGAUGCUGGUAAAUCAGAUUCUACUUGUACAGUGGUAUACCAAGACAAAGUGUUAGAAAGCGAUAUUGCUAAAUACUCAGAUAUCCUACUAAGGAACUCCACUGAAACAUCAGAGAUUUCAGGAGACCCUAGUACCCAGAUGGAGAAGUCUUGUAGCCUAUUGCAAAAUGAUUCGAGUGAAGUAAAAGAACAAGAUCAAACCCACUUCUCUGAAAUAUUACCAGAGGAUGAUGCCAUGGACACAGGACCAGAAGAUGGUAAAGAUCAAACAGAAGUCACUGAAGUUCUUUUGGAUGAUGCUCCUCAUAAUUUGGAGACUGCAGGUGCUAUGUCAAAUGAAGAUAAUAGUGAUGAAAAUGACAAAUCCACAGAUAUGUCAUUAAGUGGAGAUCUGAGAAUAAUUAAUGUGGCACAAAUCAUACCACAUAAUGAAGCAGAGAUCUCUACCAACACACCUGAAGAACUUGAGGUGGAAGGCUCUACACUAAGAUGUAGUGCAUCAACAGACAAUGAUGAUUCAAAAGCCACAGAUGGUGGGAAAUAUAUCCUUGAUUCAGCAAUAGGAAACAAUACAAGUCUAGAAGAGAACUUGGGUAAGAGUUCAAAAGAUAGUGUUGGUGAAAUAAGUUCCUUCAGCCAUUCGGAAGGACAUGAUGAUAGUACAUUAGAAGUUGCAGAGGCAGUAUCACCAAAUGAUGAUCAAAAAAUAGAACUAACUGAUACCCAGCUGAGGGAUGAUGCUUGCCCAUUGGACAUAGUAAACUUAGUAUCAGAAAGUGAGCACAAAGAAACUUCAAGUAUCCCACAAAUCAGUAAUGCUGGUCAACUAAAUCUCCUUGACCCCUGUCACACAAAACUCUCAAGGAUGUCACCAGGCCACACUGGUGACCAGCUGGAGGAUUUAUGCUUUGAAGAAAGGAACAUCAAUAAUCAACCUGAACUCCCAAACCAAACUCCAAUAGUGGAUGAUCAUCAACAGGAAGUUUGUGAAACUGUAUCAGAACCUUCUCAUUACAAUUUAGAAGUCUCAGUUUCUGCAGAAGGAUUGGGUUCUUCAGCUCCACCGCUGUCAGAAUCUGCAGCAGCAUUAACUGAUGAAUGUCUAGAGUGUUCUCAAAGCCUGACCAACAAUGUUACAGAGUUAAUUGAUCAAGUAGCUCCUGAUGAUCUCACUGAUAUCACUCCACAAGAUACGGCUUUAGUAACUCAAGAUGCUUCAGAGGGUGAAUCAGAAAAAGUAGACGAUACAAAAAGCCACAGUUUAGCUGCAGAACCAAAUACAGAAAUGGAAGUUUAUGAGGUAGUGACAUCCUCUAAAGUAUCAGAGUUUGCACCUGAAGCUGAACUUGACCUUUUCACUGAUGAAUCCAAUAACUUAACUUCAGAAGGUUCCAAGUCAGAAGAUGUUGAGAUAAUUCUUCCAUCAGAGCCUGUUUGCAUGCCUUCAUCCAUCCCUCCUGUCUGUCUAGGACCACAACAUACCAUUCAGGACCAAAAGGCAGAUAUGGUUGCUUUAAAAAGUGAGGUGGUAGUGGGAGAGUUGUCAGUGGAGGUGCCCACUGACCUGGAAGAAAGUAAGGGAGAUGAGGGUGCACCAAGUGAUAUGUUAGAUUCAUGUGAAUACCAUGAGCCUGAAGGAUUGAGUUGCACCCAAGGUGUUGCUGAUUUAGAAAUAGACUCACAUUCUAGUUCAGAUGUGAACCAAACUGAAUCUGAUGCUCCUGUUGUUACACAAAAUAGUGAACAAUUGUAUUGUGACAAAAAAGGCAAUGGGACAUCAUUGGAGACUCCAUGUCAAGAUCAAAAACCUGUUUGCUUAGUAGGUAGUGACAGAGAAGAAAAGGAUGACACUUGUCACCAUGUGAUUGGAGAAAACUCUCAGGAUAAAAAAUUGGAUACUUCGCAUCAUUCCGAAAAUUUCUCCACCAUUGGUCAUUCACUGGUAGAGGGUCCAGAAUUUAAUGCAUUGCUCAAUGCAUCUUGCAAAACACCAGACAGACCUCUUGUAUGUCCUCAUGCUACACUGAGUAACAUUCCUUCUGCAUUUUCAAUGACAGAAUUUGGUUUUGCUUCUGCACCCAUCCAUUCCGUUGCAAACUUAGAAAAAGCUUCCCCUGCAACCUGCCCUGAACUGACUAAUGGCCGCUUUUCUGCUGUAUCCUCCCCAUCGAGUAAACUGACAUUAGGACAACAGGACCAAGAAAGCUUUUCAACACAUGCUGAUCCAGCUGAAAGAGCACCAGAGGAAGAUAAAAGCCAUGAGGAGUUUAAGGUGUCUGAUGCAAUGGAUUUGGAAGAGAAACCAACAGUCCCACAGAUCCCUGAGAAACUGGAGCAGUGCCCUGGAGUUGAUCACCUGGACUCCAUCCAAGCAGAAGCCAAGUCCAUGGACACAGAACCCAUCUGUCGGACCCGUCAUGCUUUCAGCCCAUCAGAUUCGAGUUCCUCCAGCGAGAGUGAGCUGCCAUUCCCAAUCCCACUUGAAGAUGUUAGGAAAAGAAGCUCUCCCCAGGAGGUCCCUGUUAAAUCGGAAUCCGCAGAUGCGCAGAUUCCGUUGAAGCAAAGGACUUUUGAGACCACUGCUAUCAACAAAGGGUCUUGCAAUGAAUCGGACAGCGAUGAUUCGGUACCUGAGCUUGAGGAGCCUGAGGUUUCUGUUCCACUAGCUGGACAGGAACAGUCACAGUUGGCACAAGCAGUGGGGAUUGGUGAUGAGCCUGUGAGUAAAGCUAAACAGAGCCGGAGUGAAAAGAAGGCGCGAAAGGCUAUGUCCAAGCUCGGUCUGCGACAGGUACAUGGUGUGACAAGGAUAACAAUCAGAAAGUCUAAAAACAUCCUGUUUGUCAUAACAAAACCAGAUGUUUUCAAGAGUCCAGUGUCUGACAUCUACAUUGUCUUUGGGGAAGCAAAGAUUGAAGAUCUGUCCCAGCAGGCUCAUAAAGCAGCUGCUGAAAAGUUCAAAGUUCCCAUUGAACAUGCAACUUUGAUCCCUGAAACAACUCCAACUCUCAGCAUUAAGGAGGAGAGCGAGGAAGAGGAGCUGGAUGAAACGGGACUUGAAGCUAGAGACAUAGAGCUGGUAAUGGCCCAGGCAAAUGUCUCAAGAGGAAAAGCUGUGCGAGCUCUCAGGCACAACAAGAAUGAUAUUGUCAAUGCUAUAAUGGAAUUAACGAUGUAAACCGCAAAAUGGAGAUCUAUUUCUAUAUAUAUUCGCUGGAUAUUAUCAACAUUAUAAACUAUAACCAAACUGUAAAUCAUACAAGUUUGCAUCUGUUAUACUGCUAAUAAACUCAGUCUAUGGAAACCAA